UCGUGUCGUCACAGGCAGGCGACGGACCGCUGGGUAACUUGAAUCGCCUUUUAAACCACCAUUGGCAGCAGAAGAGGAAGAAAUGGCUACAGGAGUUAGCGCCGCUUUUUUGAACUGUUCUUUUCUGUUUGUGCUGGCGGUGCUCUCGGCCUCAGUCCUGGUGGGAACGUCCGCCGAACAGACCAAGACCGUAGAGUUUAACGUUAAACCGGGAGGAGUGGUGCACACUUUCUCCGAAGGAAUUAAGGAUUAUGAGUGCUCAUUCACUUAUGCUUCACAAGGAGGAACCAAUGAGCAAUGGCUGAUGAGUGUGGGCCUGAGCGACGAUGACAUGCUGUUCUCCUGCAGUGUGUGGAGGCCUCAGGGGAAAUCAUACUUGUUUUUCACUCAGUUCAAAGUCGACCUAAAGGGAACGAAACUUGAGUUUGCCAAUGCAUACUCUCAGACGGCGGGAGCGGGACUCAGUGACGAGCCUUUGAAACCGGAGGAGUUUAUCAGGGGAGACUCAACAGUGACCCACAACCAGGGGAAGUUCAACGCUCAACUCUCCAAAGUGAUCGCCAUCGGACGGACGCGGCACGACGAGCUCUGAUUGGUCAGAAGCCUGACGUCGUCGUGGGUCGCGUCGUGACCGAUCACCAGUUCUUCGUGAGUGACAACCCAGAUUUGGAGCAGGGCGAUAAUGAUUCUGUCGCUGCAGCGUUUUCUGUGCCAGUGUCUUAAUUACGGUGGUGAACCUUUUUUUUUUCUUUACCACAGUAGAUUUAUACUACUUGGGAUUAAAAAAAAAAAAAAAAAAAAAGAUAGAAA